AGAUCAAUGCGGAAAGUGCAAGGCCGCCACAAGAAGGUUAAAUUUAAACAAGUACUGCAAAAGAGACUUCGCGAUAAUGGCGAGAGUGCUGUCCCGAGUAGACGUAGACAAAGAGCACAUGAAAGGAUGGGUCAAAUUCAUGGUUCGAGUAGAGUCCAUCUACAAAAAGGCAAAAGAUUCAAGGAUAAGCAAGGGUAUUAUGCCCAUGCUGGUACCGAUUAGUGAUCUAACCUGCAAAUGUCCCAAAAUUAAACCAGAAAGGUCAUACCUGAUCCUGGGCCGAGAACGCGACGACUCCCCCGGAGGCACCGUUUCCGGCCAAUUGGGUGUCACCCAGAGGUCCAUCGUGAUUGAGUGGCGGGACGAAUGGGACCAGCGGAUGCGCCGCUUCCGUCGCCGAGCCCGGAAAUGCAAGUGAGCGCCAUUUACCAUGAUGCGCAUGCGCACCAACUAACGACGAACGUCAUUUCUGAUAGACGAAUGAUGCGGGGCGUUCUCGAUUACAGGUCUGCUGUGAUUUAUUUAUUUCUCUGUUCAGUAUUUUUUAUUGAUGAUGUUGCUAGCAUGACGUUUUACUCUCAUGAUUGCGGAAGGACAAAAUUUAGCAGGCGUAUGUUUUAAACCACGUUUUCACAGGGCAAAAAAGACGACAGCGUGGCACGUGACUCUUGUCUUGAGUGUAGAGAGAAAACUGAACCAGAGAGGAUCGUGGACUGUUCACACGAUCACGAUUCAGUUUAUUUCAUGGAGCCGGUCAUGAAGAAGCUUCUGAUUGAUAGUUGUGCUCCUUUUAGUUCAGAUUUUGAUCGUACGUUAGCAAAAAGUUUGAGAUACACGACAGAUAAAAAACAAAAGAAAAACCUGUAUUGGAUCAGGAAGUGGAUACUUGCAUGAAGUAGUUUGGGGAUACACAUUUUGCCAACCUGAAGAUUUUAAAAAAGUGACUACAAAUGAAGUUGUCGUCAGAGGCAAAUGCACGAUAUUUGGUUUAGACGCGAGCAAUUCCACGAACGCAAGGAUCACGCUAACGUCCCACGCUCCGUGACAACGCAGCUUUACGUUUGAAGUUUGGUGGGCAGAUUUUGCAACUUUUCAUUCAAGGUGAAGACACUUAAUACUUUUUGAAGGCAAAAUAUUGAUAUUCUAAAUAAAAAAAUAAAACAUGCUUCAUUACUAAUAUGAUGCUUGAUGCAGAAUAUGUUUUCUAUACUACCAGAAAUCGGUAGGUCCUUGCGUUAGUUUGAGGAAAACAGCGAAAUAAGUCUCGAGGUUAAGGAACUACACUAUUACACUAUGUGCUAGGUAAUAAGGAGGCAUCAGAUUAAAAAAAUUCGCCCUAAGAUAGAUACAUAAGCCUCCUAAAGUAAAUAAAGGCGCGCCCUCAAUGGACGAAGGGCAGCGAAAAGACGAGAAGCGAAACUCCUCCGCUAUUCUAUGUGUAAAGCGUACCCCAGAAUAAGGAGAUGCCAGAAACGACUAUACUACCUUAGGGCUGAUUUUACAAUAUCACUUGAAAUAGAGAUGAAAUUUCUGGAGUUCUCACAUAAUAAGUUCUUGAAAAUCAUGACAUCUGCUGAAAUUCUAAUCGCAAUUCUAAAGAAGAAUAAAUUUGUUAAAAGUGAACCUUCUGCAUCUUACAACGUUUUUCCGGAACUUUGGGUGACCAAAAUAUUCAUUUUCUAAUAUCUAAUUUUCUAAACCUGUAAAUCUAACAGUACCAUUACAAUUGAAAUAAGAUCUAUCCCAACAAAAUGUUACUAUAUCAGAUUGAUUUGACAAAGAUAGUGAUGUUAUGCAUACGCCUUUCUAUUAUAAACGCUAUUUAUGCAAGAUAUGCAUAUGUAAAUAUUACAUAUUGAAUGUAAAUCUCUCGUCAUCCAAUAAAUGGUCUUUAAGUAUUAUGCAGAAUAUUGACAUGUUUUCUCAUUGUCAAUCAUCAUAUAGCAUACCUUUGCACGCAUUGUUUUAUUUUAUAAAAAAACACUCCGUCAAAUGAAAAACAUGUUGGUUUAGGAAUUAAAUUUGUACAAAUCUGAUUCAAAUACUCACCAUUAUUACGCAACAAGUUUACUCCCCUUAACCAUAUCAUAUUAGUAUUUACCGCAUAUCUUACGCGUAUGAUAAGUUUCAAUUGGUCAAAACAGUGAUAACUGAUAUCGUGCUUCGGGUGGAAAUCAACAAAUAGAAACUCAUCUCCCAUUUUUGCCUACAAAAAUUAAUUGUUCUUUCACAUAUAAGCUCCAUGGUCUACCUAUGAGAUGUCCUCGUCUACACGCGUUUGGUUCAGCAAAAAUUCACACUACAGUGCUCAUGAAGCAAUCCUAGUGGUGGGAAAAUACCUUUAUCUUAUUUGAACGAUUAAGUUGCAAAAUAUUUUUAAACAAGAGUAAAAUGGCAUGCUUUUGUAACUACUAUAAUACGGCUCUGUAACUUACCAUUAUAAUUUAGGAUUUAAAUGCAAUGUACCAAAUGCAUUUCUUGUAUUCAAUUUUCCCGAACAAAUUUUAGUCCGUAUUUUAUUUUGUACAUAUUUUAUCGAUUAUAAUUUUAGCUUGAAAAGUACCAAGUAAAUGUAGCAAUGUCUCUUCCAAAAUAAAUAAUGAAAUAAGACUACGGCACUAAUACUAUACUAUUAUAGACUUUGUAUACACCCAUCAAUUCAUAUUUACUUGGUACUAUCUGUAUUAUGUGUAUUAUUUAUUUAUUUUUAUAACAAUUGUGUGAGAGAAAUGACUGUGAGGAUUUAGUUUAAGUGAAGUUUUAGUCUUGCAUUUGGAGAAUAUAUCAAAUUAUUUAAAAUGAAUAUACGUAAUAUGUAGUAAUGUUUUUUGAUGCCAUAUAUAGACGGUUCCCGUUAAACAUAAAGAUAGUAUUACUCAGUUUUUGAAAGAAUUAUUGAAAGUAAAAAUGUGAAAGUUCACAAAUAAUUGUAUCAAUCGAAUUAUUACAUCAUACAGAGAUUUGUAUAUUUAAGGGAAUUUUCUGUAAUACAUUAUGUACAUUUUUAUAAGCACUUUCUUUUGAUAGAGUUGUAGUACAUACAUAGUUCUUACUUUUCUUAUUGCCAAGUGGUAAAUUCAGAUUAAGCGUUAUUAUCAAGUCAGUUUAUUUUCUAAGAUAUUUCUCACGGUAUAUUUCUAUUAAACUGGCGGGCAUUAUUACUGAAUCCCAAUAACGUACUCUGUGCAGUAGUGAUCUAGAUUUUUCAGUGCUGUUUAGUCAGAUUUCUGUUUAUCAAGGUUUUCACUAAAGCUAAUUUCCUAAAACAAAACACGAUCAUUUAUUUUUCAACUGACCGACUUUUUUACUUGAAUUUUACUUGAUCUUUAAUUCCAAAGACUCGGAUUUAGUUGGAACAUCGAAAAAUAUGUUCAAAUUUCAUCACCUAUGAUAAUUGAAUUUGCAAUACUCUGCUCUCCAGAUUCAAAGUAUUUUCAACAUUAUCUUGCACCAAGUCCCUCACCUCCUGUUUGGCAGAGUCAUGUAUUAUACUUUGGCUCACUCUGUACAAUACAAUUAUUACAUCAUGUUAUGAUUAUCUCAUUAUCCUUCUACUGCCACAACUUGGCAUUUAUCUCACACAUGUAACCUAAUAAUGUCCUCUAUGGUUUUUCAAAAUGAGCUUGUGUGCAAAUUUCUAUUUCAUGACUGUAUACAAAUAUUUGUAUCCUUUGUUCUGUAAUCAUAUAAUUGAUAUAGCAACCGACUAUUGUAGUAGUAGUUGUUAGAUUAUUCUGCGAAAAAUAAAGUGUUUUUUAAAAACUCUCGUUCGCGACUGGUAAACAUAAUUCCACUUAAUGUAUGAGGUAUCACUUCGUUCAGAAACAUAGUUUUUUUAAUUGCCCAUGUGUGAUUCGCCUAUAUUUUAUUAUAGCUUCUCUCACAAGUGCUAUGUUCUUUUCGGUUACGACUUUACAUGCUCGACCUGAACUUCUAAACUCUUUAUGUUUGAAAUUUCAGUAGCAUCUCUCGAUAAUUCCUACGAACGGCUUAUACUAACCAAAUAUUUUUUCAUUACUCAUUUUUUCUCUCUAGCGUACGUAAUAGCGCGUCUUUAACAAUCUAUCUUUCUUUGAAAAUAAACUAAGCCUGAAAUACUCGCUAAGCUCAAAAAAUUGUAACCCUAAGCAUCAUAUAUUUAGGGUUUUUCAGACAUCAAAUAGCUAAUAACUCAAAAACUGUCAACUUUAGAAACAAAUUACUGAAGGAAUGUUUUGCUCAGAAUGAUAAAAAAAAACUGAAAAACGCAGUUUGUGAUUUCUUAAGAAAAAAUGUACAAAUUUGCCACCCGGCAACCUCUUAGGAAUUGGAAAACUUCUACCACUAAAGGGCGGUUUUCAGCUCGCCUAUAGCUCGAGUUUUAUUAAAACACAAACUAUUCCUUGGAUUUUCUUUGUGUCGGAUUAUAUUUUGGACGCUUAAUGUUAGUCAGUGUCUUGGCUAACAGUACUCACAGAACUGCCAAUCAAUAAAAGUAUUGUGUACCAUAAAUUUGCCGUGAGAAAUAUUCAUCAAUGAAUCAACUAAACUAAAACUAAUCUGUAUGUGUGCUUUGAAUGAAAAAAGUAUGAUCAAUAACAAUUGUACAGUAUUAUUAAGCGAUUUUGCUAAUAAAAUAUUCCAUAAAAUCCACAUAUUUCAUGCUGCUGCAUUCAUGUAAUAUUUAUUAACUAGUUCCUAGAGGCCAUAUAAAAGGUAUAAAUGUUUCAAAGAUGUUCUCGACAAAAAUUUAAUCUUAGAUAUAGCAUUCGAUGUUGUCAACAUAUCAGAUUGUAACGUGUUUUAGCAAUAUAUUUCUAUUAUAAAAAUGUUUAAUAACUUCAGUUGUAUCUGUUGAAGAUCAGCUGUCAUGUCGGUACCAUAUGUAGUUAUGUUUUCAGUGCCUCUAUACAAUGUGCAGAAUUUGAAAGAACAGAAAUCCGAGGAUAUCAAAAUACAUGCAGUUAUUAACUAUAUAAAAGAUAUAUGAAAACCAUCAGAUUUAUCAAAACUCCGACAAGAUACUGUUUGUGUUACAAAUCCAGCAGAGUAAGAAAAAUAACUCAUGCAGACUUAAAUCGGUAGUUACAUGUUAUAUUUGUUCUCAAAUGAAUCUUGGAAACUAGAUGUAUACCUUGAUGUAAAACUUUAAAUGAACAAAAAUAUAAUAGUUUUAGUUCGCAAUCACACUGUUGGUAACUGUAUUGUAUUGUCUACAUGGGGAAAAGAUUUGUGUUACAUGUUUUAAUCAACUUAGUAUUUUGAAAGCACGAGUGGCAAAGCCAUUAGGAACAUUUUGUAUAGUGGGCUAUUUCCAAUAUGAAUAAAUUAUUUGUAAAUUAUUUGUGUACCUAAUAAUUGUAAUAAAUGUUUAUGUAUCUAAACA